AUGGCGACCACUGCUGCUGGCCGCAUGCUGACCCGCCAGCUGCACCAGAUGCAAUCCGAUAAGGACAUUCCCGGCAUCAGCUGUGGUCUGGUCGACAACAACAUCUUUGAAUGGGAAGUCAUGCUCAUGAUCUCCGAUGAUGUCAAGCUCUAUGGAGGUGGUUUCUUCCGUGCUCGCCUCACCUUCCCUAUUGAAUACCCUCAUAUGCCUCCCAAGAUGAAGUUUGAGUCCUCGCUAUUCCACCCUAAUAUUUACCCUAACGGCGAUGUCUGCAUCUCUAUUCUGCAUCCGCCCGAGGAGGACAAAUAUGGAUACGAAUCUGCUGCAGAGCGCUGGUCGCCUGUCCAGACCCCUGAGACGAUUCUUCUUUCGGUUAUAUCCAUGCUCUCCAGCCCUAACGACGAGAGCCCUGCCAACGUUGAAGCCGCUCGUCUGUGGCGUGAGGACCCCGCCGAGUUCAAGAAGCGUGUGCGUCGCUGUGUUCGUGACAGCCUGGGCGAGGAUUAA